AUGUUUAUCAUCGAUCUUUAUAAUUAUUUAUGUAACAAAGAAAACAUUGAUUAUAUUGCUGAACUAAAACCUAAUUAUAUUAAAAUAGCAUUGAAGUUUUGUGAAACUAAUCUUGAUAUAUUUCGUAAUACUGUUCAAAAUAGUUCAUUUGGUGAAGAGAAGUUUAAAAAAGAAUUUUCUCUUUAUUUCUAUCAAACAAAUAAUUCAACUGAACGUAAGAUUUUAAUCCAACUGUAUACUGCAUUUUAUGGACUUACUGAUGAUCUUAUUGAUAUGAUCCAACGGAUUGAAUAUGUUGACAAUGAUGAUGGAUGGAAGUAUCUUAAACAUAUUAAACAAGUAUCGAAUAGAGAUGUUAUUGAAAAAAUAUUCAAAUGUUUAGAUUCAAUAUCAUGUUAUGUCAAAUCUCGAUGUUUUUCUUCUAUAUUGAAGUUACUUAUUCGAUUUGCUCAAACCGAUAUCGUAUUUUUAUUAGAAAUACAUCAACAUAUAUCGCCUUUCAUCAACAAUUUUUUAUGUAAGGAUGAUGAUAGAACAUGGAAUGAUAAGAAAGAUAUUUUUGAAUUUGUAUUAAAUCUAAGUUGUAUUAGAAAAAUAUCUUUACCACAUUCGAAGGAAAAAAUUGUUUACUAA